UCUGACGGCACAAAACCAUGAUAUAUAAGAUAUCUCCUUGGAACUGCUCAUUUCUCUGUAAAGGAAAACAUUGAAAAAAAAUAUUCUUUAUUCAUUUUUUGAACUCGAAGAAUAACAUCACCACCGCCGUCGCUAUCGUCAUGUUACAUACGCAUGUGCGCGCAUACAUAAACUCACUAUAAAGAAUUCAUAUAUACGUCCAUAUGCGAACAUUCGUGCUUAAUGCUCGUUUGGCAAUUAAAAAUGAAUGAGAAUCAGGGAGAGAAUAUGAGGUUUUGCCUUCUUAUAAAAAAAAUAUUCGACAUCGAAGUCUCUACACAGGUUCACCUAUGUAUACUGGCAUAAUCAUCGUUAAUUCAUUAACUGAUUUGAUUUUCAAGUAACACAUUUGAAACAAAGCCUCGUAGGACCGAAGGGCCCAAAACUAGAAGUAAACAACAUUUUAGCGCUUUGAUUAGCCACACGUAUAUUUGUCGAAGUGACAUAGAUGGAGUUCUUGUCUACCUUAAAUUUUUCCAUCUUUCAACCAUUCUCUUCCCUUUUUUCAAUUUUUCGUCAAAUAAUUCAAUUAUAUGUUCUUAGAUGAAAUGUGAUUAAUUUUUAUUCUAAUCGAAAUUAUUCGAGUUUUUUUUGAUAAAGAAAAACAAACGUUGGAUUGCUUUAAAUUCUAACGAUUAUUUCUAACAUUACGUAGCUCUCAUCGUUAAUUUUUAAAAUAGCAUAAAAAAAUAAUUAAUCUUACAAUUUAUUAUACAAACAUACACACCCAACAUGUAUGUGGAUACGGACGUACGUGAUUUUUGGAGAUAGACGUCUAACCUGUAAUCGUCCGUUUUAAUGUUUCUAUUUUAAAAUAGUAUUAAUAAUAAAAUUAAAGAUAGAAACAUUAAUUUUAUCUUCAAUUUAAUGAAAAGCUUAUUGAUAUUCCCCAUUGUUAACUUUUUUAAGCAUUAAUAAACAUAAUAAACAUAAGAAAAAUGUUAUAAUUACUUACAAAUAUAGUACAAUUAAAUGAACAAUGGUCUUUUGGGUAAAGCUAGGUAAAUUUAAGAAUGAGCAAUCAACUAUCUAUACAUGUCUCUUAUCAUACCAGUGCAUAAAUAUAGAAAUGUACUUUUACCUUUAGAAGAUACUACAAGCAGUUAUGAUGCAUAUGUGGUUCGGAAAAGACCUGGGUACAUUCUUGUUUCCAGGAUACAAUGUUUCCACUACAUGUGCUUUUGUAUCUACUUGUAUAGGUCUAAUUAGUCUUGCAAUAUUAUACGAGGCCAUGAAAAUAUCCCAGAUUAAAUUGGACCAAAUUGCGAUAUUUAAACCAAAACCUAUUUCUAGAUCUUCAGAGAAUUCUUCUUUGUUAUCUAAAAUGACACCAAGAUCUUUCGCUUCUUUCUCUUCUAUGAAUUGUGCAAGCUGCGGAAAAUGGAUAUUACAAGUACUUCAUUGGUCUAUUCAUACCACGCUUGGUUACAUACUUAUGAUGGCAAUUAUGACAUAUAACGUAUAUAUUAGUAUUGCCCUUGCUAUCGGAGGUUCCUUGGGAUACUGGAUAUUUGGUCCUGCCUUGAUAGAAUUAAAUAUGAGUCAAUUUCGAAAAAGACAAAAGAUCAUUAAGUGCGAUAAGGAAUGCUUAGAUGCUAUUCUUAACCAAGAAAGACGCGAGUCUGCUGUCUCUGUUAUUGCGGAACAAUUAGUAUUAGAAGCAACGGCAGAGAUUCAUACACCUAGAGAUGUCUGAGAAGAUAUGUCUCCUUGACUCUUUUGGAAUUAAACUCAAAUGUAAAAUUCAAUUGAAAGAACAAUUUAUACUUUUUACGAUUCCCAUCAUCAUUUUUACAGAUAUGUUUGUGGCUACAAUCAAGAACAAAGGAAAGUACAACAAAAUGAAUAAAAAAUAAAAUCAUUGAAAACAAACAAAACAGCAAUUAAUUACUUUUAUAAUGCCCUACGUUAAACAACCAUUAGUUCUGUGUUACUUGCAGCCUAAUGUAUAUCAUGUAAGAAAGUAGGAAAAGGAAAGGCAAAUUAAUUGCAUACAAACUGUUAGAUCAAAAACUGAAGAUUGGAAUGUGUAGAAACGUAAAAAUAAUACUUUACAAGAUAUGCAAAUCUAAAUUACACCAAAACUAAUAUCAAUUGUCCAGAUAUCAUCGCGUGGAGGUUCCUGCUUCUGCAGGUCCUAAUUUAUAUUAAUUUCCAUUUAUCAAUUUCCUAUAAAACUACAUUCAAGGUGCAUUAACAGUUAUAUAAUGUUUAAACAAAAACGAUAUCAUUUAUAUUUUACAUAAUAAUAUAUUAUACUGACGUAACAUCGUA